GGUCGCGUGUAUUCGUGGGGUGUAAACGAUUUAAAUCAGCUUGGGGUGUCUCCGCACCUACGUCUCCCGCUGUCUCCUUUUCUAGGAGACAAUUACGCACCCCCUAAACCUUUUACCUUUGAACCUCUUGAGCUUUGGCUGCCUCCCCAGCAGCAGCAGCAGCAGCAGCAGCAGCAGCAGCAGUUUUUUUAUUUGAUUGCUGCAGGUCCGUUUACAGGGUUUGCUGCUGCUGUACAGACACCGCAAGCAGCAGCAGAUGCAACAGAUGCAGCUUUAGUUAAUGCUUCUUUAAUUCGUAAGAGAGUUUUUUGUAGGUCAAGAUCUUCUGUUGGCUGGGAGCAGCGGAAGCUGUCUGCUUCUCUUUCUCUGACAGCAGCAGCAGCAGCUGCUGCUGCUGCUGCUGCUUCCCCUGCUGCUGCAGCUGCUGCUGCACCAAACAACAAUGUGCAGCACCUUCUAUCUCUCACUCGAGGAGACAGCAACCUAACGGGAUUUGAAUGGGGGGGUUUGUUAAGACGAGAGAGCAGCUUCCAGGAGACCCCAGCAACAGCAGCAGCAGCAGCAGCAGCAGCGGCAGCAGCAGCAGCAGCAGCAGCAGCUUCAAGCCUAGCAGGUGUAUCUGCAGAGGAGUUGCUGCGCUAUAUUGAGGGAGCACGCAGCACUGGCGACAUUGAGCCCCUAAAGAAUAUUGUUUUAAUUGUAUUUAGAGAUGUUUAUCGUUUAAAUGCAUCUUUCUGUUAUCCCGGACAAGGAAGUCUCCCAGACUUUGAGGGUUUAGCUGCGGUGUAUAGGCAGCUCCCUCAAGAAGCCCUUCCUAUUGUUUUUACUGCAUUUUCUUCUCUUAUUCGAACUGUUGUCAAGAUGGUAGAGUUUCUUAAGCGGCCAGAUCAAGUAAAAUUUAUCUUCGUUGUUCUUGCAUGCACACCCCUUUAUCAAGGCUUCUGCCAGCAGCAACAGCAGCAGCAGCAGCAGCAGCAGCAGCAGCAGCAGCAGCAGCAGCAGCGGCAGCAGGGGGAGCAAGGAGCGGCAAUGCAACAUACCCCACACACCCCCCCACAAGGAGACACAAGGGGAUCCGAUCCCAACGCCUCUUCAGAUGCUGCACAAACACAGCAGCAGCGGCAGCAGCAGCAGCAGAAGCAGCAGCUGCUGCAGCAGGGAGAGAUGCUUUACUCUGCUGUUCUGCAUCUGCUGUUUCACCUUCCUCCUGAGGGGAAGAGGAGCUUCUUGCGUCUCGCUAUGGAGUUCCCAGACUCUUUAUUUGAGACGGCUCUGGUGUCUCCGGCAGUUUGUUUUUUAGGGUUUUGUUUGUCAGCUGCAGGAGAGAGAUAUAGGAUUUGUGAUAAGGUGUGGCAUGCAGUAUCUUUAUUACAAUUAUUAUUUAGAGCAAAUAAAGAAAGCAAUAGACGAGUGCUGCUGCUUCAUACAGGAGCAGCAGCAGCAGCAGCAGGUGGAGCAGCAGGAGCAGCAGCAACUGCAGCAGCAGCAGCAACAGCAACUAAAAUACCUAUUGAAAAGUUUCAAGUGCAGCAAAUUGCUGCUUAUGUAGAUCCUGCUAAAGAAGUCGCUGCGUUUGGGUAUCGUUUGUUUGACUUGGAGAGAGAUGUAAUAAACAGCUGCGAGCUGUCUUCGCGCUGGUGUCUGUUCAUCGCCCAUUUAAACCUUUGUCCCCUCUCCUUCAAAAGAAAUGUAUUACUGGUCGAUAAUAUAUUUCGUCAGCACCAGAUGUCUCUACAAUCAGUAUUAAACGCUGAGCUGCCUUUCUUAUUGCUGAAAGUUAGGAGGCAAUGCUUAGUUGAAGAUGCAUGCAAAGCCCUGGGAUCGAUCGAUCCCAGGGAUCUUUUAAGACCCCUCAAAGUCGUCUUUCUUGGUGAAGAAGGCGUAGAUGAAGGAGGCCUUAGAAGAGAGUUCUUCUCA